CCCUGCACUCCAAUUUCACCAAUUAAUAAUCUCCACGUACUCUUCCCUCUCCUUCCACCUGAAUAUCUGCUCAAAAUCCAACAAACAUUUCACCAAAUCUUCCCCUCUUCUUCCCAAUACCAUCUUUGUUACUUCACCAUUUAUAUUUGAACCACAACGCACCACUUCUCUUCUCCCUUGUCUGUAAUAUUUCCAUACCAGACAGCAAACAUCAGUGUUUUUACAGGCAAAAGAGAGAAGUGGGUGUUUGUUUUUGUUUUUUUUCUUUUUCGUUUCUUCAGUUUUCUUGGUAGAUUCUCAGGUAAUUUAUGUGUUAUAGCAACAGUAAACCUGGGAAAGGCAAGAGACCAUUUUUUCGAGGGGAUAUUUGAUUGCAUCCAUGAGAUCACCUCCCUGGCUUUGCCUAGGAUGAACCAGUCUGCAUACAGAGUGCAAACCACUGCUCGUCUCGCUCAAUGGAGGAUAGAUAAUCUUGCCUCUUGCACUUACCGCAAGUCAGAUCCUUUCAAGAUCGGCAACUGGAACUGGCACUUGUCGGUGGAGAAGAACAGGGUUCUGUAUGUUAAAUUGUACCCAGAAGUAUCAAAUCUAACGAGAGAUAAUCCCCCAAUUGCAUCCUUCAUAAUCCGUGUUGUCUGCUCAGCUGGAGAUCGAAAAUCUUUCACUCAUCCAGAAAUAACAGACAAGCAGCUGAAGAGCAGUGAAGAUUUCGUCUGGCCGAUCGAAGUUCCUUUGACAGGGAAAUUCAUUAUCGACGUUGAAUUUCUCGAUCUCAAGACUGCAUCUCCGAAUGGUGGGGAACCAUGCUCCAUUUGGUCUGACGGAUUAACGCAUAAUCAAUCAAAUGCAAAGGCUCUUGCAUGUCUAAGUCGGAUGUUAACACAAGGCAUCCACACGGAUAUUGUCAUUAAUGCUUCGGAUGGAAGCAUCGGAGCCCAUCGUGCUGUUCUUUCUGCACGGUCGCCUGUUUUCCACAGCAUGUUUUCUCAUAACCUGCAAGAAAAAGAAUUGUCAACCAUAAACAUAUCGGACAUGUCAAUUGAAGCUUGUCGGGCUUUACUGUGUUACAUUUAUGGAAACAUCAAACAAGAAGAAUUUCUGGUCCACCGGCUGGCUCUUCUCCGAGCAGCUGAUAAGUAUGAUAUCUCAGACUUGAAAGAGGCAUGCCACGAGAGUCUGCUAGAAAAUAUCGACACAAAGAAUGUCCUCGAGAGACUCCAAAAUGCAGCUUUAUACCAACUGCCAAAACUGAAGUCCAGUUGCAUGCGAUAUCUUGUGAAAUUCGGCAAGAUAUAUGAUAUUCAAGAUGAUUUUAAUGCUUUCAUGCAAUGUGCAGACAGGGAGCUGAUAGCUGACAUAUUCCAUGAAGUUCUAAAUACCUGGAAAGGGUUCUAAGACUCCAACAAUGAUAAACAA